AUGGACCCUACGAAGGCGUCGGCGGUGAAACCGUCGCUGCUCGCCUGUCUCGCCUGCCGGCACAAACACCUCAAAUGUGAUGGCGUGACGCCCGUGUGUGGCCGCUGCGUCGUCUCGGGCUCAGAGUGCGAGUACACGCCGUCGCGCAGGGGGUACAAGGGUCCCUCGAAGAAGCGUCGUGCGAAUCCCUCGUCCCCAGACGGCGGUGCAACCGAACUGUCGUUUCAACAGCAGCAGCAGCAGCAGCAGCAGCAGCAGCAACAGCAGCAACAGCAACAGUUGGUUCGGCCUACAAGUGGCCCGUUAACGCCGGAAUCUACCUCUUCCAUCAGCGGCGAUGGCUAUCUGGUCGAUCUCUACUAUUCAUACUUCCACCCGGCGCAUCCGAUCCUACCGCCCCUGCGAGUUCUGUAUCGGUCGUACGUGCCUCCCUUCCUCGACCAGGUCCUCAAGUUCAUCGGCACGCACUUCACGCCCGCGGCGUCCAGCGAGACAUAUCGCCCUACGGUGAUGGCUGCCGUGAUGGAGCAGGAAGCCAGCGAGGAGAAGCUGCAGGCGCUGCUGCUGUUGACCAUUGUGCUGCAUUCCCGCAACGAACGCAGCGAGGCGGCCGACUGUCUCGGCCAGGCGGUGGAUCUCGCCUUUGAUCUGGGCCUGCACCGCGAGAGCUACGCCGUCGGCGCGGGCCAGGGCGACCCGCUGCGCGAGGAGUGUCUGCGGCGCACCUGGUGGGAACUGUUUGUCGUGGAGAACAUGCUGACGGCGCUGGGCCUGCGGGCGACGGCCAGCACGGCCGCCGUGCCGCCAGAGGUGGGCUUGCCCUGCGAGGAGCGCAUCUACCUGGACGGCCUGGCACCGCCGACCCCCCCCACGAUCGCGCAGUUUGACGAGCGCGUGUUUGCCGACGAAGAGCGCGACUUCUCCUCGUACAGCUACCGGAUCGAGGCGGUGCGCAUCCUGGGCCGGGUGGUGGCCAUCCAGGACCUGAUCGACGGGCAGCAGGACCAGGUCGAGGCCAUCGACGCCCGCAUCGCCAGCUGGUUCCACCACCUGCCGGAGUCCAAGGCCGAGCUGCUACGCCCGGACGGCUCCGUCGACGAGAUGAUGUUCCAGGCCACCAUGGUCAUCAACGGCGCCGCCAUCUACCUGCACUUCCCGCGCUCCGACCUGCUCUCCUCGCCCGCCGUCGCGUCCGAGGUCAUCUGCGGCCACCACGCCCCCUGCAGCCUGCCCGUCUUCAGCCACCACGCCCACGCCAUGAAGGCCGUCAAGGCGGCCAAGGAGCUCUCCACCUUGGCCGCCAUCCGCCUCCCCGUCGUCAAACAUACCCCGUUCUUCAUCUGCGCCCUGGUUCUCAGCUCCAUCGUCCAGCUGGCCUCCUGCUCCGUGAAAGCUGGCCAGAUGCCCGACCCCAGCCGUGACCGCCUCACCCUCACCAUCGGCGUCUUCAAAUCGCUCGGUCGCACCUGGGCCAUCUCCCAGUCCAUCAUGCGGCAGAUCAAAGCCGUCGCCCGCGAUGUCAUGGACCUCGGUCUGCGUCCCACCCUGGAUCCCCUCGAUUUCACCACCGUGUUGGAUUCCAGUCGCUUCUGGCCAGAUGCUCCUCUCCUGAUGUGA